GCCUGUGCAGGUCAUCUUUUUGGAACAGGAAAGUUUGAGGACUUACGUACCCAAUGCCUGCUAAUCCAAAGCAAGAGUAUGGCCAAAACCUUGGUUUGAAGAUGUUAUUGUGUCACGCAGAAGAAGAAGAAGAAGAAAUAGCACAAAAUGCUGUAACAAGAUGUCAAAUGCUCAUUCCCAUGUUUGUCAGGUUGCAAAUGGGAACAGAAGGUGAACAAUUAACGGAGCAGGAAACUGCCCUUUAUGAUCGUCAAAUUAGGGUUUGGGGAGUUGAUGCUCAGAGAAGGCUCAGCAAAUCCAAUGUAUUUGUCAGUGGACUGAAAGGAACAAGUGUUGAGUUCUGUAAGAAUAUUAUUUUAGCUGGAGUAGGUAGUUUAACGCUAAAUGAUGACCGCUUGGUGACGGGGGAAGAGCUAUUAUUUGCGAAUUUCCUAAUUCCCCCCGAUGAAGAUACUUUCCGGGGAAAGUCUGUUGCUGAGCUUUGUUGUGAUUCGUUGAAGGAUUUCAACCCUAUGGUUUCUGUUUCUGUAAAGAAAGGUGAUCUUGCCAAUUUUGAUGCUGAUUUCUUUCAGGAGUUUGAUAUCGUUGUUGUUAGUUGUUGCUCCCUUUCGACAAAGAAAUCAGUAAAUGCAAAAUGUCGCAAGUUGCCAAAGCGUGUUGCAUUUUACAGUGUAGAAUGCCGAGACUCCUGUGGUGAGAUAUUUGUUGACUUGCAGAAUUACAACUACUGUAAGAAAAAAGAAGAAGAGACGAUUGAAUGUGAAUUGCAGUAUCCAAGUUUUGAGGAAGCCAUUGCAGUCCCCUGGAAAUCUCUACCCAAGAGAAUGUCAAAGCUAUACUUUGCAAUGAGAGUUGUAGAAAGGUUUGAAGAUCUUGAGGGACGAAAUCCUGGAGAAACUUCUGUUGAUGACCUUCCAAAUGUUCAGAAGUUGAGGAAGGAACUCUGCGAAGCACAAUGCUUGAACGAAGCUCAGAUCCCAGAUUCUCUUCUGAAAAGAUUGUUAGCAAGUGGAGGUGAAUUUCCUCCAGUCUGUGCCAUCAUAGGAGGAAUUCUUGGACAGGAGGUAAUAAAAGCAAUAUCUGGCAAAGGGGAUCCCCUUAAGAACUUUUUCUUCUUUGAUGCCAUGGAUGGUAAAGGGAUAAUAGAGGACAUAUCUAAUGUCAACAGCUGAGGAUUGACCUGUAUGGUAAAACCUGUCUUUGAGAAAUCCUGAUCUUAUUUGGUGUCUUUUAGGUAAACAUUAGGACUAAUCACUGCCAAACUUGUGGAAAUUCAUUCAGCUUGAGUUCUGAUCAGCAAAUUUUAUGAUGUAUUUGACACUUGACCAUAUUUAAGUGCUCAUGUUGGGCUAAUAUUU